AUGGAAGUUCACAAAUUUAUGUUAAGCAUUAUUUCUUUACUUUUUGUAUAUUGGAAAACAUCUCACUAUUAUCGUUUUAAAUGCAUUGGACAAUGUUUUGAUGAAAAUGAUUUUUAUAAAUUAAAAAAUGGGAAACGAUUUGCAAGAAUUUUGCAAGUUGAGGAUAUAAAUAUAUUUGAAAUAUAUGAAAAUGCACAACAUCAAGAAGGGACUCACCAGGAAAUCAUGGAACCGCCAAGCCUUAAUAAUAAUUUUAUAAAUUCCAAUGUAUCUUCUGAUAUAAAUGAAGAUGCUGAAAUGGUGGAAUAUAUUACAUUCAUAAUUGACACAUUUAAUAAAGUUUUUUUAACUAUGUUUGAAUUGUAUCAUUUGUACACAAAUGAAAAUAAUAUUACAGAUAAUCAAUGGAAGUAUAUGAUGUGGAAUGAUAUAUGGUACAAAUAUCUAGAAAUUUUAAUUUCUAGGAUCAAUGAAAAUACUCAAAGUCCAUCUUAUUCAAUGGAGAAUAUUCAACCCAUUAUACAUAGAUAUAUGUUCAAGUCUAUUGAAGAUUUUUCAGUGUUUUUAGAAAUCAUUCAGAAUGAGUGGGAAUUAAAACUUCGAAGAGAAGAACGAGCUGCAGAGAUAAGAGAACCAGAAACUGAGGUUUCCGAAUCUGAGAGUAAUAUUGCGGAAAUAAACGAAUAG